AUGGCUUCUGGCAAAAAGACUGUCCUCAUUACUGGCUGCACGCCGGGCGGCAUUGGCCAUGCGCUGGCCCUGAAAUUCCACGAAGCUAACUACCAUGUCAUUGCCACCGCCCGCAGGGCCGAGGUCCUCGAGGAGCUCACAAAGAUGGGCAUGAGCGCCGUCUCGCUCGACGUCACGUCGAGCGCCAGCAUCGAAAAGUGCAAGACGCAAGUCGCCGAAAUCACCGGCGGCACCCUCGACAUUCUCGUCAACAAUGCCGGCCUCCUCUACAUGCUCCCCGCGACCGACAUCGACAUGGACGGCGUCCGCGCCACCUUUGAGACCAACGUCUUUGGCGUCAUGGCCAUGUGCCAGGCCUUUACCCCGCUCCUCAUCCCCGCGCGCGGGCUCAUCCUGCAAAUCUCCUCCAUCUCCGCCGUCGCCGCCGACCUCUACGCCAGCGUCUACUCGGCCACCAAGGGCGCCGUCAACUCGUACUCGCGCAGCCUGCGCCUCGAGCUGCGGCCGUUCAACGUCCGCGUCAUGGUCGCCGUCACGGGCACCGUGAAAUCGCAGAUCGCGACCAAAAUCUCGCAGCACCUGCCAGAGGGCUCGCUGUACCAGCCCGUCAACGACAUGUACAUUAAGCGCCACCAGUUCAGCCAGGAGACGAUCCCGAUGGACACGGACGUCUACGCGGGCAAGAUUGUCGCGCAGGCGGUGAAAGGAGAGGGCUGGAUGGGAGGGUGGUUUGGUAGAUCGCCGGACUGGUACUGGACCGGCGGCAUUGCGCGCCGGACGUGGCUCGGACAGUACUUUCCGACGAGGUGGAUGGAGAACAUGGUGGCGGCGCUGUCGGAGAAUGACGAGAUUACGAAGCGUAUUCACGCGUCGCAGGAAAAGGCUGAUUGA